CAACCCCGGAAGACCGUCAAGAAAUUGCCCAGGGGGGCGGGGAGGGAGGAAAGCCAGGCGCUCCUGGUCACCCGCCCCUCUCUCGUCACGCGAUCGCGCGAGACGGAAAAAGGGAACCCGAGGCCGCUGCGACGCCGCGACAGUAGGCUCCAUGCCCAGUGCAGAUCCCAAUGUGGGGCUUGAACUCACGACCCUGAGAUCAAGACCUGGGCUGAGAUCAAGAGUCAGACGCUUAAUCAGGAAUCUUCAGAAAUCCUGCCCAGCUAUUUGAGAUGCUGCCCAAACCUGGGAUCUAUUACUUCCCCUGGGAGGUCAGUGCUGGCCAAGUGCCCAACGGGGGCACACUGAGAACAUUCGGCAGGUUGUGCCUCUAUGAUAUGACCCAAUCCCGAGUGACGCUGAGAGCACAGCAUGGAUCUGACGAGCACCAGAUCCUGGUCUGCACCAAGUUGGUGGAGCCGUUCCAAGUCCAGAAAGACUCCCUAUACCUUGUCCUUGGAGAGCUGGAGCAUGAGGAUGGAGGCUCCGUGGUGAAGGCCCGGGUGCUGACUUGUGUGGAAGGAAUGAACCUACCCUUGUUAGAACAAGCCGUCCGGGAGCAGAGGAGGUACCAGCAAGAGAGGGACAACAGCCAGUAGCAAAUGGCAGUUCCUGGCAGCCGUCCCCUCCCCAGCCUGCUCCUGAGGCCAAGCCCACUGGAGAUGUCUGAGCAGAGAAGAUGCAGGACCUUCCCCAGAGUGACAGCCUUUUUCUGGAGCUGGACCGAAGAGGAGGGGUUGCUAAUUUGGAUUGUUCUGGACACCUCCCCCCCCCCCCGCCUGUCAGGCGCCUGCCGGAGGCUGAGCUGUGGGGUGCUGGGGCCUGAGCCUCGAGUGGGAAUAUGGAGGGUUCUGGAAGGUCCUCAUGAAUAAAGGCCCCAGUGGGGGAGACCUUG